UGCAGCAUCGACUGGGAAUUUAUACUCUUUGUCGCCAGACAACAAUUUAAUUCUUGUAAAAAAAAAAUCUGUAUUGAUAUUUCAUGUUCGGCAAGUGUAUAAAUUUCUCGAAUAAUCAAUAAUUGUAUUCAAACAUUUUGAACGUGCCCCAAAGUUUUUAGCUGAACUUAAAUCAACCUGAUUGCGAAAGUAGUAAAGAAAUGUGGUGCGGCAAGCAAGUUUCUCUUUUCCUUCUCUGGAAUUUCAUAGACUACACUUUCCCAUCACUGUCCUGUGGUGAUCUGUCACUGAAAACAAUGAAGAUAGUUGUCACCUGUCCAUCAAAAGAAGAUGAGAAAACCCAAUUAGCUACAAACAAAAAUUGUGGGAGAUACUGGAACCUUUACAAACACGAGUGUAAAGAGGAUCCUUUGAAUUUUCAAUACCACUGCGUUAUCAAUAGUCAUGGAAAUGAAACAAUUGAAGUGUGCGCCAUCAAAACAAAAAUACAUGGUUUCUGCACGGCAUUCGAUGUUCACGGUGGUAUUAUCAAAGCUUAUUUCGGAUACGAUUGCAGAGAGUUUGAUCCUCCGUGUGAAGACAAGUACAACUCAACAGACGCUUAUCUGUAUAAACCAUGCUACAAUACCAGCAGCAAGCAAUCUAUUGGAACGAGCCUUCGCUUAGAAUUAUGGACAACGAAAAUAAAACCACAUGUAUCAACGAUGAACAGUUCCAAAAGCUCGAAAAGAACCCUAUUCCAUACAGGGGUACAGAAUGAAGGAACGAAACGAAGAUACGUAGAACAUGAGUCUACAAAUAAAUUGUAUUCAUUCACCAGUAUUAAAGCUACCCGUUUCAGUUCAGAAAGACCAACAGUUUUAGUAAAGUCGGAUGUGUUUUGGUCUGGAUACAUUAUUUAUAUUAUUAUUGGAUUAGUGGGAUUGUUUGUGUUAUUUUUUGGGAUUUUUGCGUUUUCUUUUAUGCACAAAAAUGUUUUUCAAAGAAGAAACUUAGACUUACGUAUGGAUACUUUUCAAAAGGAAAAUACAGACUAUACGCCUAUUCAGAGAAAUUUGCAAAAUAGAAGUUCCGUGACGAAUACUAAUGGACAAGAAACGUCUUCGGCAUAUAUUUCUCCCAGUUCUGAAAAUGAUAUACAUUAUGAGGAAAUAACUAUGAUUAAUUCUUCUGUUGAUGGUUCUAGUUUAGAGGAUAACGAAAAGUCAUGUGAGUUCCAGGAUGACAAAAAUAAUUCUUUAGAUCCAAGCACAUACCUGACACCAAUUGCAGAGACGUACUUGACUCCUGUGGCAGAUUCAGAAAAUACCUAUAUUGAAGUUGUUGAUUGAAUUAUAAAAGCUUGAUUUGUCAUAAAACAGUCUUAUCCGUAGCAAAUAACAGUGUUUGGUUCUAAAUUGAUCCCCUCUCUUGCCUUUUGUACUCAUAACAACAGAAGACAAAAGCAAAGGGAAGGGGGUCAAUUUAGAUUUAAAUGUAGCAGCAUGAAACCCUCUUUUCUUGAUGCUUUUUAAAUAAGGUUAUUUUUUAUGAAUUACGGACAGGAAGAUAAACGAAUAAUUAUAAUGUCCCUUUCCUUAACUCAAGGGGGAGACAAAAGAUCCAAACUGGCCAGACAAGAGUUCUGUAUACAUGUAAUAAGAAACUUUUAUGAUUUUUUUUUUCUGUUGAAAACAAGAAUCCAAUUUAUUGGUUGAUGAAUAACUAACUAACUAAUGUUUAAACAAAUUGUAUUAAACCUAAUACAGUUUUCUAAAUCAAAUGUAUGGAGAUGAAAAAUGGUGAUAAAUGUCGUAGUUCUUAUAAACACUGUAAAUGAGGAAGAAAACAAUUAUAGAAACAUCUACGGCGGGAUCAGGUAUUAUUGAUUGAUUGUAUAUUGCUUAACGUCCCUCUUGAGAAUUUUUCACUCAUAUGGAGACGUCACCGAUGCCGGCGAAGGGCUUCAAAUUUAGACCUAUACUCGGCACUCAGGGCCAUUAAUCAGUGAGGGUUCUUUAUCGUGCCAACGCCUACUGUGACACGGGCCUACGUUUUUAAGGUCAUAUUCGAAAGACCCGUGACUUUCACUUCUAGUGCCGAGCGCUUGGCGAAGGAACAGUCACUACCUAUGUUUACGUCUUAGGUAUGACGCGGCGCCGCGAUCGAGAAUCGAACCCGGGCCUCCCGAUCACGGAUCAGGUAUUAACCAGGAUUAAAGCACCCCUGUCAAUAUGUCACACAGACAUAUGUUUUUUUGUCUAGCUGUAGACUUUUACUUCUGGUCUGAAAAAAAAAAAACAUAUGUACAACCUACAAGCUACAUUGUCAUUCAUCAUCUUAGCGACUUUGACAAAUCAUUUUCUCAGUGUAAUGUCAGUUGCAGCAUGUCAACGUGCUUUCUAUAAGUUGAGUUUUUUCUCCGAAUGUUCAGGCUAAAGUGGUUCAUUACUAUAUAAAUACUGUAAAAGGUUAAUACAAAAAUAAGGUCAUCCAAAGUAUAAUAUCGUUUUGUUUCUUUUGAAAGUCAUAAU